GGAUAUAGGCAUAUUGAUACUUGCAUUUCCCUUCAAAAGAUUUCUAGUCCUAUGAUCACGCACAAAUGUUACCACCUUGAAAGAAAAAAUGUUAACUCAUUACGUGAAUUUGUGUUACGUUAUAUUUUUAGUACUAUUUAAGGCUAAUAGGUGUCUGAAUCACGUAGUAGUAGAUGCACAAAAUACAAUAGAUGAUGUAGAAUCACAAACUAACGUCGUAAACAAUGGUGAUGCCAUACCCGAUAUUUCUGACAUUGAUUUUGAUGAUUUAGUGUCUGUUGAAAUUCAUGGAGAUGAAUUCGAUAAGGGAACUCCAGGAAUGGAUUAUCUUGGAAUUGGUUACGAUGCCAUCAAAGGGAACACUAUGGGAGGGGAAGAAUCUUUGCUAGAUCCAGGAUAUAGGGCUCCCAUUAUAAAUUUCAAUUGGAGAAAAUCUGCCGAAGGUUAUUCUCCUUCUCUAAAUGCAGUAUACCCAUUAUAUGGGUGGGUCAGGCCCGUAUAUUCUUGCGGGCGUUCGUCUAAGAUACAAGAAAUUGAAAAUCUUGAUGAACUUAAAAAAGUCUUUUCUGCUAAUGCUUCAAUAAAGGGUGACAUACCCGCCGUAGCAUUUUCGGCGUCUGCCAAGUAUAAAAACGCAUCUGAAAAAUUAGCUCACAAAACAGAACGUAUGUAUCUUCAUACUGAUAUAUGUGUACGUUAUCAAGCGGGGAUACCUCUGAAUAUUAACUGGGAUACCACGAGCUCAUUUAUGGAGGCUAUGAAAUCAUUGGAACCUCUUCCAGAUACAGUUAAAAAAAUGUGUUCGGCACAUGAUAUGAUCGAUGAUAUGACAAAGAGCGAAUGCAUUCCUCUUAAAAAAUGGAUCAAAUUUUUUGAAAUGUUCGGCACGCAUUAUGUUCAUCAAUUACUGUUAGGUGGGAAACUCAUACAAACACUCAAAAUAAAUGCUUCAAAGUUACAGGCGCUUAAAAAUGACUCAAUUGACGUUGAUUUAGUUGUAUCUAGUGUAUUGGGAUCUUCAUCAGCAAGUUUACUAGCUGAUAAAGUUGUUAACAAGUACAAAUUGGAUGAAUUAGGAGCAAAAUCAAUUACAGUUAUAGGAGGAAAUAUGCCUAAUACACCAAUAACAGAUGCGGAGUACGCCAUUUGGGGGAAUUCAGUAGCGGAGAAUCCAAUGCCUAUUGGAAUAGUUGGAGACAGUCUAAAAAAUUUGAUGGAUAAAAAUUUGCGUGAUUCAUAUUCAUUGGCGAUUCACAAAUAUGCGGAAUUGAACGGAGCUACAUACGAAACGUUAAUGAAAUUGGAGAACGGUGGUAGGACUGGAUUGAUGAAGGAAAUUAAACACGGAGAAUCUAUAGUCACCGUUAAUUGGUUUUCAAAUGGUUCAGAAUGCCCGAAAGGUCAAAAAAUUCUUAUUGGGUUUUCAUUACUCUUCGAUCCUCAAGGUAGACUAUUGGGAAUAAUCCCAUGUAAAACUGGAUCAUACAAAUGCACUGUACCACUUGAGAAAGAAAAUGUACGAUCUAUAUCAUGGGCCAUCUGUACUAUUGGACUUCAACCAACAAUAUAUCAAGUUUCUUCCAUAAACAAAGAGAAAGAAGAGAACACUAUAGUAUCAUGUCCAUACGGUGGAGUUAUACAUAUGGGAAUUAAAUUCCAUGCAAAGGAGGAUCGACUAACAGGUACAAGCACGUGUAAAAAUGGUAUAAACUCUUGCGAAGCAAGGGUGGAAGAGGGAAAUAUCAUCGGCAUAUGGGCGGUCUGUUCCGCAGAUUCACUUCGAGGAGAUUUGAUAACCAUAGUUGGUAGCGUUGGUGACAAGACAGUAAAUAGUUCUUGCGGCAAGAAUGAAACACUUAUUGGAGGUAUAAAAGCCUUCUUUAAUAACAACAAGCCGGACAACAGGAGAAGCAUGAGUAUUUUUAACUGCGAUAGAUUUAUCGAAAAUUGUGUUGCAGAGUGUAGGGACGACUGUUUGGCAGCUAUGGUUUUGGCGUUCUGCAGCAUUGCCGAAGUAUAAAUAACGUUGA